CCUCCCGCCGUAUAUAUACUCCCCUCUCUCAUUUUAUCUCCGUUAAUAGAAACUCCGAUAUCGGAGCCCUAGAUUUUCUCUCCCAAAAAUUAUCUAAUUUCUCUCUCGCUCGCCGAUUCCCACUCCGAUCGCCGCUCCCAAAAUGGCCAACGCAGCGUCGGGGAUGGCUGUGAAUGAUGAGUGCAAGCUGACGUUCUUGGAACUGAAGGCUAAGAGGACAUACCGCUUCAUAGUUUUCAAGAUCGACGAGAAGUUGAAGCAAGUGAUUGUCGAGAAGGUCGGUGAACCCAUUUCAAGCUAUGAGGAUUUCAGCGCUGCCCUUCCCGCUGAUGAGUGCAGAUAUGCUAUCUACGACUUUGAUUUUGUGACUGAAGAGAACUGCCAGAAAAGCAAGAUAUUUUUCAUUGCAUGGUCACCUGAUAUCGCAAGAGUGAGAAGCAAGAUGCUUUACGCCAGCUCGAAGGACAGGUUUAAGAGAGAGUUGGAUGGCAUCCAGGUGGAAUUGCAGGCGACUGAUCCAACUGAGAUGGGCCUUGAUGUCAUUAGGGGCCGUGCCAAUUAAGUAUGUAAUUUCAUUGGAUAUGUUGUCUCUGCACUCUGGUUGCUUUAGUGAAUUGUUUAUAGUCUCUUGGGAUGCAUAAUCUACUAAAUACCCUAUCUGCUUGUUGUUUAUUUUAUUACAGUAUAACUCUAUUUGUCCUCAAAACAUGCUGGUUCUGGUUUUUGCCAUUAUUUGAUUUAUGUUUUGAUUUGUUA